CAGAGAUGUGGUCAAGACUGAGGUGUCUAGUUGAGAGAGAGAAUACACAGCAUGGAGAGACCAGAGCAAGGAAGAAAGAAGCAGGCCCUAGGUCUCACUGGACAACAUGGAGAAAUCUCUGGACCUGGGGAAGACACAGGACUACUGGAGAGGCACCAUCCCAACUCUCCACCUUUACUGAGCAGGAGCAGGAUCAAGAAAUGAAAAAAAUCGAAAAACUCACCAUUCGCUUACAUGACAUGGAAUGUGAGAGAAACGAGCUUCGUGGUAUCCUAGCCAAUUAUACUUGCAAGGAUUUGAACAACAGGCUGAACUUUGAAACAGAGAUGCUUGAAAUGGAACACAAGCAGGUGAUGUCGGCUUUCCAGAAAAUGCCCAUGGAGAUUAUUGAAGCCUUGGACAAGUGCAAGGAGCUGAUGGAGGAGACUGAAUACUUUAGUUACCUCAAUGGCCAGAUCCUACCAGAGUGUAAUCAGCUAAGGAACAAUGUCCAUCUGUUGAGACAUCAGAACAUACUACUGUGGAAGGAGCAGAUUGAAGAACAAGAGACCUGUGAGGAGUUGAAGAAGCUCUUGAAGGAGGCCCAUGAGAAGAUCUGUGACCCCUGUGCUGAGCAGCAACAGGAGCAAGAAAGGCUGGAUGAAAGACUGAAGGGCCUGCUGAAUCAGAAGGAGCUGGUCACCCAGCAAAGGGACUUGGCAGAAAAGCUGCAACAUCACUUCAGUGUCUAUGAGAUGAGGUCAGAAAAUCUCCAGCAUGACCUAGAACAUGUCACAGCCCAGGAUGAGAGCCUCCUGCAGACAGAGCUGCUGCAGCAGGAGCAGGAAGUAUCACAGGUAAGUGAGCCACCACUGCAUUCCAACCCCUGCAACCAUGGCAUUCAUGGGAACUGGGGGCUCUUGACAUUGGCUUCCAGUGUGAAUAGGCCCUGAUUUUGUCUAGCCUGUGGCCCAGCCAGGAUGCCUCUGGGACUGAUUGCCUUUCCUUCUCACACAACAGCUUUGAGAGAACUGAGGAGGCCAAAGAAGCCACAGACCACUUGAACCCAUGGCGUUCUCCACCCUAGGAUGGAAGCCUCCUCAGAAGAAUAUGCACUACAAAGUCCCAUGGGGCAUGGCUAUACUUGCUUUGAAAAGGUCUUUUACAUUUGCGCCUGCCUUCCUACCAUGUAUCCAAGGCCAGCCACAGGCUGUUGACUGUGCCUCAAAGUGUUGCAUGAUUAACCUAACCUUUUAAUCUUUUAAUCUAGCAAGCUGCUUAGCAUAAUUUUUUGUUUGUUGUUUUGUUCGGUUUUGUUUGCUUUGGGUUUUUUGGUUUUCUUUGUUAUAGUUUAAGGUUUUGAAUUCAUUUGUUGUUUCUUUGGUUCUUGUUGUUUGGUAUUUUGAUAAAAUUAUUUACUGGUUAUAUUGUGUGCCUAUAAUCCAUUAUUGAGUAAAAUGAUUGUAUCUUUAUUAAGAAAAAUGUGAUUCCACACUCUUCACUCUUAUGACCUAAAAUGUGGUCAUAUACACAAUGGAAUACUACUCAGCAGAGAAAAACAAUGACAUCAUGAGGUUUGCAGGCAAAUGGAUGGAUCUAGAAAAAAAUCAU